AUGGAAGAAUCAUCACGACCACCGCUCGGAGAAAUAAGAGUUGUUAUAAGGGGAAGUUCGACAGGCCAGUCAUCCAAGUCCAAGAAAGCAUACUUGAAGGUAAUGCAGAGUGUCCAGCUUUCUGGACGAUCACCGAGAGCAAGGUCCACGGACAAAGCAGCAAUCACCUUCACAGACGAAGACGCUGAGAGAAUUCAUCACCCCCAUGAUGAUGCUCUCGUCAUCACCUUAAUGAUUGCUGACUACACAACUAGAAGGGUGCUUGUAGACAACGGAAGCUCGGCGAACAUUUUGUAUUAUCCAGCUUUUCAAAAAAUGAGGCUAGGACGAGACCAGCUCCGUCCAGUGAACUCCCCCCUAGUAGGUUUUGGUGGAAUGAAGGUACAACCCGUGGGUACUAUUUCCUUAUCAGUGGUAGUGGGGGCAUACCCACGACAAAUCACCAAGGAUGUGAACUUCCUUGUGGUAGAUUGUCCGUCCUCCUAUAACGCCAUAAUUGGAAGACCAACUUUGAAUAGUUGGAAGGCCGUUACCUCUACUUACCACCUAUCAGUUAAGUUUCCAACAGAACACGGAGUAGGGCAGGUACAAGGGGAUCAACUGGCAGCAAGAGAAUGUUACUUGGCCAUGUUGGCCAUGGACGAGCAAAUUCAAGUCAUGAAUAUUGAAGAAAGGAGAAUGGUAGCAGAGCCUACCGAAGUAUUAGAAGACAUUUCCCUGGACGAAGAGAACCCUGAGAAAUGUACCAGGAUUGGAGCAGAUCUAAAAGAGAAGAUUAAGGAGGACCUCGUCCACUUUUUGAAGAAAAAUAUUGAUCCAAUGCGGCAAAAGAAGAGGGUGUUUGCCCCUGAGAGAAAUGAUGCUAUCAAAGACGAAGUUCAAAAGCUUAUGGGGGUGAGGUUUAUUCGGGAAGUGUACUACCCAGAUUGGUUGGCAAAUGUUGUAAUGGUCAAGAAGGCAAAUGGUAAGUGGAGAAUGUGCGUGGAUUUUACCGACUUGAACAAGGCUUGCCCGAAAGAUAGUUAUCCGCUGCCACGCAUUGAUCAAUUGGUGGACUCAACUGCGGGCCACAAGUUGCUUAGUUUCAUGGACACUUUUUCAGGAUACAAUCAAAUAAGGAUGGACGAGGCGGACCAGGAGAAAACAUCAUUUGUCACUAGUCAAGGCUUAUUCUGUUAUAAGGUGAUGCCAUUCGGCUUAAAGAAUGCAGGGGCCACGUAUCAGAGAUUGGUCAAUCACAUGUUUCGACGGCAGAUUGGUCGGAAUGUGGAAGUCUAUGUAGACGACAUGCUGGUAAAGAGCCAAGACGAAGGAAGGCAUCUAGACAACCUGCAAGAGACAUUUGACACGCUGAGAUAG